AUGGUUCUUCCUAUUAUUGACGUUCAAUUUCCUCCAUUUCCUCCGCGGGUUACUGUUGAGGAAAUAGUUCAAAAACAAUUAGAUAAUAAUAUUAAAAAUCGAAAUUCACAAAUUCACAAAUCUCAAUCUAAUUUUAAUCUUGGAGAUAUUUCAAAAUUAGCUGCAGUUUCUUGGAAAACGGAACCACAACAAAUAAAAAAUUAUUAUAAAAAAUUGGCCAAGGAGGUAGCAAUGACCCCCCUUAUUCCCAUAUAUCAGAAUUAUGAAUUUUUGUCCCAAAAUCAUGACUAUUCUAAUAGCAAUAUUUCUCUUCCUUAUUCUUUUAUUACUCCAUUAUCGGGUCAACCUUCUCAAUAUAUUGUAUCUGAUGACGUUAACUCUGUUAACGAUUAUCCUUGUCUUUAUUCUUAUGAACCUUAA